AGUUUGGUUCCGCUCAAUAUUCUUGUGAAGUUCACUGGGCAAGGAAAAGUCUCUUCCUCUCAGUGUUUUUGUUUUCUCGACUCUAGUGGUCGGAAAACGUUUUCUUAUUUGACAUACUUAUAAAAACGAGCCAUAUUAAGGAGCAGAUAUGGCGCUCACCGAUGCGGAUGUACAGAAACAGAUCAAGCACAUGAUGGCCUUCAUUGAGCAAGAGGCAAAUGAGAAAGUAGAGGAAAUUGAUGCUAAGGCAGAGGAAGAGUUCAACAUUGAGAAAGGUCGUCUGGUGCAGACUCACAGGGUGAAAAUCAUGCAGUACUAUGAGAAGAAGGAAAAGCAGAUUGAUCAGCAUAAGAAAAUCCAGAUGUCAAACCUGUUGAACCAAGCGAGGCUGAAGGUGCUGAAGGCACGCGACGACAUGAUCUCGGAUCUGUUGAAUGAGGCCCGUCAAAGACUUGCAGAGAUUGCCAAAGACCCUGAGAGCUACUCCAGCCUGUUGGUGGGCCUGGUGCUUCAGGGAUUCUAUCGACUGCUGGAACCUAAAGUUACAGUUCGCUGUCGAAAGCAGGAUGUAGAAAUGGUUCAGGCUGCAGUUACUAAGAACAUCCCUAUCUACAAAGAGGCUGUGAAGAGCAACAUAGAAGUCAGAAUUGACCUGGAACGUUUUCUACCAUCAGACAUCUGCGGAGGAGUGGAAAUGUAUAAUGAUAAUGGGAAGAUCAAGGUUUCCAACACUUUGGAGAGCAGACUAGAACUUAUGGCACAUCAGAUGAUGCCUGAAAUCAGAGAGAAACUGUUUGGUGCAAACCCUAACCGCAGGUUCACGGAUUAGCAGUGGAUUUGAAGAGUGCGGUGUAGACAUGGAUGUAAUAUUUAAGUUGAUGACAGACCAUCAUUUCAGUGAGCAAGAGUGUAAAAUCAACUGCCAGUCAUCAGGGUCAAAGGAAAGCUACUAUAUUUAAGGGAAUACUAUCAAUGCAUUCAUAUGUCCUUUUUAUUUUUGUACCAGUGGAUUGAGUAAUAAUUCAACAAGUGCACUUCUGCAUAUGUAUGUUUAAGUGGCUCUCCAGUUGCUGUGUAAAGAACUGCUUUAACAUUGCAAAUAUGUUUUCCUUAAGUUGUUUGAGGUACACUGUUUGCUCCCUACUACUUGACCAAAGGAAUCAAAGUUACAUGU